UGUUGCAAGUAAGCGGGGUGAAAUCUCGGGAGCUGUCUGAACGCAAGCGGAGCGAGGGACAAACACCGUGAAGGUUUUUAAAAGCGUGCAUGCAGUAGACGGGGGAUUUCUGCAACAUUUCGCAAUAAGGCAGGGCCGUAACUUCACAUCAUAUAAAGUUGUCCAACGACAAGAAACAUUUCAUCUAGCUUAUCCUUUUAUUUGUGUGUAACUCGGGGAAAGUUGAACUCCGACUGCACGGCUCGGAGAACCACCUCAGAGCAGAAAGUCAGGUCGGUGGUCGGCUGUCGGUUCUGCAGGAAUGUCGCAGAAAGAAAGACCCAAGUUUUACCGGCAGGAGGUCAACAAGACGAUAUGGGAAGUCCCAGAACAGUACCAAAACCUGUCUCCGGUCGGCUCUGGUGCCUACGGAUCCGUCUGUUCUGCAUUUGAUAUGAAGACUGGCUUGAAGAUUGCUGUGAAGAAGCUUUCUCGGCCGUUUCAGUCCAUCAUUCAUGCCAAGAGAACAUACAGAGAGCUGCGGUUGCUUAAGCACAUGAAACAUGAAAAUGUGAUCGGCCUCCUAGAUGUCUUUAGUCCUGCUACAUCUCUGAAGGAAUUCACUGAUGUGUAUCUCGUGACUCAUUUAAUGGGGGCUGAUCUCAACAACAUAGUGAAAUGUCAGAAACUCACAGAUGACCACGUGCAGUUCCUCAUAUACCAGAUACUCCGAGGGUUAAAGUAUAUCCACUCAGCAGACAUCAUUCAUAGAGAUUUGAAACCCAGUAACCUGGCAGUGAAUGAAGACUGUGAGCUGAAGAUUUUGGACUUUGGUUUGGCGCGGCACACCGAUGAUGAGAUGACCGGCUACGUGGCCACUCGCUGGUAUCGUGCCCCAGAGAUCAUGCUGAACUGGAUGCAUUACAACAUGACAGUGGAUAUUUGGUCAGUGGGGUGUAUAAUGGCAGAACUUCUCACUGGAAGAACUUUGUUUCCUGGUACUGACCACAUUGAUCAGUUGAAGCUAAUCAUGCUGCUCGUCGGAACACCAGGGCCCGAGCUCUUGAUGAAAAUAUCUUCAGAGUCUGCCAGGAACUACAUCGGCUCCUUGCCUCACAUGCCCAAGAGAAAUUUUGCUGAUGUGUUCAUUGGUGCCAACCCACAAGCUGUGGACCUUCUGGAGAAAAUGCUGGUUCUGGACACAGACAGGAGGAUAACAGCAGCCGAAGCUCUGGCCCACCCGUACUUCUGUCAGUACCAUGACCCAGAUGACGAGCCCGAGGCCGACCCGUACGACCAGAGCUUUGAGAGCCGUGAGCUGGAGAUUGAAGAGUGGAAACGAUUAACCUACGAGGAGUUGUGUAGUUUUGAGCCACCUAUCUUUGACGAGGAUGACAUGGAGUAAUGAGAAGUGCGACACACAUCGACCCCGGCAUCCGACAAUUUGUAACGACCUCGUUCAUAUGCAUUAGUGUUAAACUCUCAGACACACACACACACACACAUACGUAUCAGAGUGCCAACCAGCAGCUUUGUCAGUCUUUAUUUAAUGGAGACAACGCUCUCCAUGUUUGGCUCUUGUAAGGGGAUCAUUACCAGCGCGGAGGAAGGAAGAGAUUAUUAUUCUUAUUUAUGAACCACUAAUGUUGAUGGUCUGUUGCUGGGAAAAGGUCACUUCUUUCCAAUAGCUGAAAUAAUUUUAUAUUCAUCAGAUUUUUUUUUUUUUUUUUUUUUUAAUUUAGACUUUGAUGACUCAUCACUGUGACACUGAGAUGCUGAAACACCUGGACCUAUAGCUGUGCUAUUUUGUGUUUUAAAUUUUCUAUUGAGUAACUUAUGAAUAAGCUUUUGUGUCUAUCAAUUGAAAAAAGGAAUAUGCUAGUCUACCACUCACCCUGCCAAGCUAACACAUAUAGCACUGGGUCACAUGUAUUUGUAAAAAUGAUCCAGUUAAUCACCAUUAUUGUUCCUUUAUUUAAAAAAAAGAGUUGACUUUGAAGGGUUUCAUAUCUGUGACAGAAGUAGAUUUUAUUGUUUUUACAUGUUUGACAAUUUGAGAAUGUGCCUGUUCUGUGACGUCACUGAACUGAAGCGCUCACCGACAGGAUAUCACACAUUUUUAUUUUGAUUUGGUUUAGUUGCUGUGUCAGGUUUAACUCCCACAUUAGGAGAUGUGUCUGAAUAAGUGACUAAAGCGAAAAGUCCUGAAAGACUCUUAUACACAUAUUUUGGCUACACAGAAGAAUCUGAGCCUCUGCUGUUUAAAGGACGGUGCCGUUCAACACGGCACAUAAAUAGGAAAAAUAAUAUUCAUGGUGACACGUGCUCUGCUCAAAAAUAUGUAAAUAUCUGUGCCAUACUUUUAAAAGAAAUCUUUGUGAUUACUUUUUUGUGGUUAUCUUAUCAAGCAAUCACUUUUAGCAUGUUCAUCAGUUUGUGUGUCUGCGAGAGUGUGUUUACAGGAAUUUUAAGUGUCAUGCUAAAACCUCUAAUAGAAAUACUGCUUAAAUGUGUGAAAGAGGGAUUUCAGAUGUAUUUAUACUUUGUGGAGGUGGUAUUUAUAAACAACAAUCAAAUGAUCCCUUAAACUAUUUUCAGUCCAGCAGAGUAACGACUAUCUUCAGUCCUUUGUUUAACUAAAUAAAGACUUAUUUUUAAGAGACACGUUUUUUUUUUUUUUUUAUUGCCUCAACAGCAUGUUUGACUUUAUCAGUAGUUUCAGUGAUUUCACAUGAUAUCAAAAACUGUUUAUAUUGAGAUAAAAUGUCACAAUAUUAACAGUUUAAUCGAUGCCCUUGAGUCCACUGAGGCAUCGCUGCAUUUUUUUCUCUGGUUCAAUAGUCCUGUUUUUAAAUGACCAAUCAGUGUUGCCUGUAUUUAUUUCUCUUAAAUGUCACAUUGUCAGUUGCCAAUGUCAAAUGCCUAUUUAGCCACAAUUUUGUAACAUAUGACGCAAAUAAAAUAAUGCUGUUUGUGCUCUG